GCACUCGACAUGAUUUGGAGUGAGCAGAGCCGAACCGGCCUGUGCCUGCCCUUCCUGCCCUUCGUCGGACUCGUCACCCAGAUCGGCCAGGGCUUCAAGACGAACCUCACGUAUCGCCCCGCCGCCAUUCGGAUCAUCGCCGAGGCCCUCCAGUGCUACUUGAUCAGCCUCCUCAACGACGCCAACCUCGUGGCCAUCUAUGCGGGGCGCGUCUGCCUAGAGCCCAAGGACAUUCAAUUUGCCCGCCGAAUCCGCGGUGAGCGGGCG